UGGUGUGGGACGAAGCUUUCGGAGUCUAAUUUCAAAUCCACAGUGAAUCUCACAAGGAUCGAAGGAGUGAGUGGUACUGUCGUCUCCUGUGGUCGAAUCUUCAAGCGUUCGCUUCCAACCUGCGCGCACAAAAACGCGAUUUUGCUGUUUGUGUUUUUGGCGCUGGGGAACAGAUGGAUAGAUAUCAGAGGGUCGAGAAGCCCAGGGCUGAGACUCCUAUAAACGAGAAUGAGAUACGCAUUACAACUCAAGGCAGGAUGAGAAACUAUAUUACUUAUGCUACCACUCUCCUACAGGAAAAAGGAUCUGAUGAAAUUGUUCUAAAAGCAAUGGGCAGGGCUAUCAAUAAGACUGUUAUGAUCGCUGAACUGAUCAAGCGAAGGAUUGUGGGUCUACACCAAAAUAAUGCAAUUGGUUCAACUGACAUCACAGACAUGUGGGAGCCUCUUGAAGAAGGCUUACUUCCUUUGGAGACUAUUCGCCAUGUUUCUAUGAUCACAAUUACUUUGUCAAAGAAGCAGCUGGACACCUCCUCCUCUGGAUACCAGCCUCCGCUUCCAGCUGAUCAAGUAAAACCUUUAAAUGAAUAUGAAGAGGAAGGAGAAAGCGCACCAAUGGGUAGAGGAAGGGGUCGGGGUCGGAGUCGUGGAAGGGGCAGGGGUAGAGGACAUUACAAUGGAGGCAUAGAAUAUUAUGGAGAUGGAUGGGAUGGUGGGAGAAGCUAUGGUGGAGGUUAUGGUGGCAGAGGCCGUGGCCGUGCUAGGGGUCGUGGGAGAGGACGUGGCUAUGGGGGCCCAUCUGUUGGGUACUAUGAUUAUGCUGAAUACGAUGCACCACCCGCACCACGUGGGCGUGGCCGUGGAAGGGGAAGGGGCCGUGGACGUGGUCGUAAUAAUAGAUUAGAUGGAGCAGGUCGUGGUGCUGCUGCAUGAUCAUGUGGGCUGCUUAUUAUCGUGUAUAUUUUCAGUUGGAAGUUGGUUUUCUUCUGCCUAGUUCCUUGUGAGAUUUGCUGAUAUUUUGGUAUUUAUUUGGGGUCUAGUGUUAGAGCCUGGUCCUUUGCAGUUUUGCCCAAGUAAUUUUUUUCCCCCCUUACCUUCUCUUUUGUAAUCACUAAGUUAUAAAUUUUGUCCCAAUUUUCAGUAGUUUGCAGGUUAGGCUUAUUUACUUUGUGUUAGAAGAUGGAAAGUGUACAAUUUCUUUUUUAAUAGGAGGAAUUAUGUUAGUGAAUUCUUUCAAUUUUUACAUAAGUGGAUGUUGCAUUUACAAAGUGUAGUCUGUACCCAUAGCAUAGGAUUGAUAGUUUUGAUCAACUUUGAAU